UUGACCGUCGGAAGGGAAGGACGUGCGCUCCAGGCCUCCUGCCUCGCUUCCCCACACUACCACCGCCUACCUCCAUCACCAUCACCACUAAACACUUCGGACACGCCACCACCAUCAGGAGAACGCCAUGCCCUAAGCCACGAUGGAGAUGCUGCAGCCCUUAAUCCUCCUGGCGGCCCUCAUGCUUCUCGUCCUCAUCAUAGCAGUCACCCAGGUCCUCCUCGAUAGCAACUUGUUUCUGAGCGGCGUGUAGUGAGGCAGAGGGGCAGUGGUGAGGCUGUCUAUGGAUGCGAGGAGCGUGGUGAAGGAAAGGACAGCAGGAUGUGAUGAAUGACGGUGUGAAGAGGGGUAGAUAGACUGGAGCGGCGGUGAUACGACUGAGUGAAGAGUGUUAAGGGCAAGAGGGAUACAAAGUGACACCAGAGGAUAGAUUGACUGUAAUAAGAGUGACAGAUACGCGAGGGAAUAGUAGAUGGUGGUAAAAAAAUAGUGAUGAAAGAGAUAGAUACACUAACAGAAGAGGCAGGCCAGAGUGAAGACAGUGAUAGAAGCAAGAGUGAUAGGAAAGAGUGAAGAAUAUUAAAGAGAGUGAAGCCAGUGACAGAUGUAGAAGUGAUGGGACUGAGUGUAGAGUUAAAUGCAAGACGAAUAGUGUAUGGAAAGUGUGUUAGAUGCAAGGAAGGGUGUUAACGGAGCAAGGCAGAGCAGCGGGUACCUAACGUGCUGCCAUAUGCCUAACACUUGAGUCUCUAUGGGUCAAACAAAAAAAAAAGCGAUACUUGUAUGCAUAUGAAUAAAUAAAGAUAUAGUGUUUGAAAAGAAAAAAAAAAGAGGGGAAGAUAAUAAAAUAGGAAUACUGCAGGUCUAAAAAAAAAAGUUGAACGAAAAGAAACACAAAACACAUAUGCAGAUAGAAAAAGAGAGAGAAAGAGAGAAAAGUGUGAGAAAGAGAAAAUAAAAAAAGAGAGAGAGGAAGUGCACAUAAGCGUCACAACUCGAAAUAAAGAAAAACAUUGAAAAAAAAAGAAAAUACAUAUAAAAGAAAAACUAAACCAUAAAAACAAGGAGACAAAACAGAGAGAAAAAAAACAAGAAAAAAAGAUAGAAUGAGAAAGAGAGAACGAGAAAAAAGCCAGUAAUCACCACCACCACACACCAAAGAACACAAACAUUACCCACAGAAAAUGAGACAGAGAGAGAAGGACGCCCCGCUACCCACCACGUGACGCCCCCGCACCCCCCACAACACCCACACUAGCGAUGCGGUGUGGUGGGGCCGUGGUGGUGGUGAUGGUGGUGCUGGUGCUGGUGGUGGUGGAGGCCAGAACAUCACACAAGAACAUCCGCAGCGCUUCCACCUCUCCACCUGAAGGACCUCCACUCUUAGGACCUCCCGUGGUAUCCUUCACGCCCCGUAGGAACCACAGACAUGCUCCUUCACGCCGCUUACACGCCGCUUUCACCUCGUCCUCCUCUUCCACGUCUUCCUCCGUUUCUUCCACAGGCCAGCAGGCGCCCUCACACGCCUCCACUGUUCCCCAGAAGAAUCCUACAGCCUCCCAGGAGUCCCACAAAGCAUCCUCCGUAUCACAUAUGCAAGACAGUGACGACACAGAGUUUUCACCUGCAGGAGGGCUCAUGGGGGCGUCUGAGGAGGUACUUGGGGUAGGGGCAGGAGCGCGGUGCAGUCAAAAGCAGCAGGAGACGUCUAAGGAAAGCCACAGUCGUUUCGUUCACAAUUACCUGAGUCGCCCCUUCGACACCUCCAGCAGGAACAUCACCAUUGGUCUCCUGUCCUCAUUCAAGUUUAAUAAGCUAGCACUGGGCGCCUUUCCUGUGGCAGUGGAGGACGUGAACAGCGACCCUAACCUGCUGGUGGGGCGGCGGCUCGUAUACCAAGUGGCGGACGUGGGGCACAGCGGGUCUGAAGCCCUCGCCUCGCUGUCCAUCCGCCGCAUGACCAUGAUGAGAGAUGCGGGUCUUCUGGCCUUCAUUGGACCAGACGACAACUGUGAGAACGAAGCACUGGUGGCGGCUGCUUGGAACCUGCCCAUGAUAACCUACAAAUGCGGCGAUCACAACGUGGGGAACAAGACCAAGUACUACACGAUGGCCCGCACCACGCCCCCCGCCACCAAGAUCGUGAAGGCGCUGGUGUCCCUCAUGCUGGAAUAUCGGUGGCGCCACUUCGUCCUGCUUACAGAGGCCGCGUCUACCUUUGAGCAAAUUAGUGAUGCUGUGCAGAGUUUCGCCGCCCACCACAAGAUGCGCCUGGCAGACCAGUUCACCGUUCCGUAUGAUUACACCACCAGGCGCUACCCCGACAUGCAGAAGUUGGUGCAGCUCAGCCUUCAGAAAACGAGAGUCUACGUGGUGGUGGCGUCUUAUGAAGUGCAGUGGGACCUCGUGCUGGCCCUGAGGGAGGCAGCGGGACCCCUCCUCUCAGACUACGUGGUUCUUACAAUAGACGACGAGAAAUACGCAGAAACUGACUCCUCGCAAAAUAUGAGAAUCCCCGGGAAGCAGGCAAUGGACAUGUCGGAGGCGCUGACGGAGAGAAUCUAUCACGGGUUUCGAGCUGUGCUGAAAAUUACACCCACACACCCCACGGAUUCCAAAUACAGGAAAUUUGAGCGAAAAGUUUUGUACAGACUCAAACAACAUCCUUUUUGUCUCCCCUACAACCCCAAAGUGUUCAAGUACAUCCAGGUACCCAUCUUCGCGGCACACCUGUAUGACGCAGUAAUGAUGUACGCCCAGGUGCUUAACGAGACCCUGGCAGACCCAUUAGCAGACCCCGCCAAUGGGACCCACAUCCUCUCCCUCAUAAGGAACAGGUCUUUCCAGUCCAUCCAGGGUCCCAAGGUUCACAUGGACGAGAACGGCGACGCGGAGGGCACGUACUCCCUGCUGCGGGUGGUGCGGCGCAGCGGCCACCACGCCACGCCCCUGGGUUGGCGCCAGGUGGGCCAGUUCCAGUUCCACGACAUGUCCCCCGCAACACACCCCAAGGACAACCUGCCGACUCUCAAGCUUCAGUCUCCCAUCCCGUGGCUCGGCGGUCGGCCCCCUAGAGACGAACCCCCGUGUGGCUUUCAGCAGGAGAAGUGUCACUAUGAUUGGUACCCUUUGGUGAUCGGCCUGGUGGUGUCCCUGGUGAUCGUAGUCGCCGCCCUCUUCUUGGUGAGGCACUACCGCUACGAACACAAGCUGGCGUGUCUAUUAUGGAAGAUUGAUAUGCGCGAAGUGAAGAUUAUCAGCACCCAGGUUUGCGCAGCGCCGGACAGCAACACUAACAACAACACGAUACAGGUGACGCGGCAGAGCGUGCGGCGGGGCAGCAGCGGUGCGGGCGGGACGGUGGAGGUGUCGUGCGAGGUGCCGCGGGUCGCCUACUGUGCUAUGGGCGUGUACAGAGGCAACGUGGUGGCGCUCAAGUACGUGAAGAGGCGAUCCGUGGACCUCACCAGGGCGAUACGCAAAGAACUCAAGCAGAUGCGGGAGACACGUCACGAAAACCUGACUGUGUUUGUGGGUGCGUGCGUGGGCGGGGGCGUGGUGAUCCUGACCCCGUACUGUGCCAGAGGGUCACUUCAGGAUGUGCUACAGAAUGAUGACCUACCCUUGGAUGACCUCUUUGUGGCCUCCCUCAUCGCGGACCUCAUCAAGGCCAUGACCUUCCUGCAUGAUAGCGAAAUAGUGUCCCACGGAAGGCUGCGCUCCUCGAACUGCCUGGUGGACUCCCGCUGGGUGUUACAGGUGUCUGACUACGGCCUACACGAGUUCCAGGCCACGGCGGAGCAGGAGGUAGAUCCUAAGAAGCGGCUAUGGACUGCCCCAGAACUCCUGCAGGACCCAACUGCGCAUCCUAGGGGGUCACAGAAGGGGGAUGUGUUCUCCUUCGCUAUCAUUCUGUACGAGGUGGUCGGGCGCCGCGGACCAUGGGGACCCCUACUGCAGAAAAUGGGAGCUCAGGAGAUCCUCCGUCAGGCGUGCGCGGAAGGGCUGCGUCCGCCACUAGAGGGCGUGCGAGCGGCGGAGUACGUGACGGCGUGCCUAAAAGACUGUUGGAGUCCCACGCCUGAGGACCGACCUGACUUCAAGGGCGUGAGACUCAAACUGAAGGAAAUGCAGGCAGGAUUGAAGCUGAACAUCGUGGACAACAUGCUGGCGAUGCUGGAGAAGUACGCCUACAACCUGGAGGGGAAGGUGCAGGAGAGGACCAAACAACUGCUGGAGGAGAAGAAGAAAACGGAGAUACUACUGCUCAGAAUGCUGCCUAAGUCAGUGGCGGAGUCGCUGAAGAGGGGAGAGCAGGUGCCGCCAGAGAGUUACGACAAUGUCACUAUAUAUUUCAGUGACAUUGUUGGUUUCACUUUGCUGUCCGCCCAGUCAACUCCUCUGCAGAUGGUGAACAUGUUAAACGAGUUAUAUACGUGUUUCGACGCCAUUAUUGGAGACUACGAUGUUUAUAAGGUGGAGACGAUUGGCGACGCGUACAUGGUUGUGUCGGGCCUUCCCAUCAGUAACGGCGACAGGCACGCGGCGGAGAUUGCAUCCAUGGCUCUCAAGCUUCUGUCCGCUGUGAAGGUCUUCCGUAUCAGACACAGGCCGGGCGACACUCUCAAGCUGCGUAUUGGAAUCCACAGCGGACCGUGCGUGGCGGGAGGUGGUGGGGCUAACCAUGCCUCGUUACUGCCUGUUUGGGGACACCGUGAACACUGCCUCGCGUAUGGAGUCCACGGGAGAGCAGCUACGCAUUCACACCUCGCAGGCACACAAGGACAUGUUGGAGAAGCUGGGAGGAUACGUGCUGGUGAAGAGAGGGCUUAUUUUCGUGAAGGGCAAGGGGCAGAUGGUGACGUGGUGGCUAGUGGGGGGAGGCCAAGGAUGUGGAGGAGGACCACACCCCCAACACAACCCCCACCACAACCCCAACUACAGAAGAGGAAUCAUCUACCACCACCACCACCACCACCACCACCACCACUACUACUACUACUACUACUACUACUACUACUACAACUGCUACAACCCCAACAUUCAAAGGUGGUUUUAGUCCAUCCCCCACCACAUCACACCUCUCCCAUUCACCCCCUCCCAUCAUCACCACCUUCCGAACUCUUAGCCCAUCCUCCCCCACUCCAGUCACCCCCAGAAAACACCUCCCCAUCACCACCAUCACCCCAGUAAGCCAGUCACCCCUUCAUCAUCACACCCCCACACACACACGUACAUGACAAGCACACACACCCCAUUCAUGUGUACACGUCAUAUCACCAAACGUACAUGUAUAUAAUGAUAGUGGUAUGUAGAUGUUUAUUUACGUACAUGAAUGUGUGUGUGUGUGUGUGUGUGUGUGUGUGUGUGUGUGUGUGUGUGUGUGUGUAUGACAGUAAAUGUUUAUGGAUGUAUGUAUUUAUGUAUAGAUGAAUGGAUCUUUCUCAGCACACACACACACACACACACACACACACACACACACACACCACAAUUAAGGCAAGAGAAUUAAAGAUAAUGAGAAAAUUAUCUCUAUGUUGUUACACUGUAUCUAAUCUCUCCCCUCGUUUCCCCUCCCUCCCCCCCCGCCUCCCUACACCUCCUCCAUCCUCUCUCCUGCACUUUCCGUCUCAUUCUCUCUUUCCCAUCUCUUUGUUUUCUCUUAUAUCCUUGUUUUUCCCUUAUUUGCAACUUUUAUUUCAUUUUUCUUUUUUUCUUUUGUUUUUUUUCCUCUCAUUUCCCUUUUCCCUUUCUUUUCAUCUCCGUUCUUUCUCCAUUUUCCUUCCUUUUCCUUAUUUUUCCUUUCUCUGUCUUUCUAUCUCUUCCUUUCUCAUUCCUUUUCCUUUUUUCCUUCAUUUUCCUUCCUUUCUCUCCUUCUUUUCCCCCUUUUUUCUUUUUCCUCCACAUCUUCCAUUCUCUCUCUCUCUCUCUCUCUCUCUCUCUCUCUCUCUCUCUCUCUCUCUCUCUCUCUCUCUCUCUCUC